AUGAGAACUUUGCUGCUGUAUCUGCUGCUCUGUGGCCAGUUAGCCGAUCCAGCGGUGGUAGAAGACUUCAAUCACGAGGAGAGAUGCAAGCAGUCCAUGUACAUGGGUACCCCGCCACGGGGCUACGUGAGCCGAAAUCUGAAGAAGAUCUGCCAACGCCUGGAGGACAAACCCCGCUUUGUAACUCUCUACGACCCACACAAACGCAUGCCCGUGUACUGUGCCUACACCUUCAAGAGGUCUGGCGGUGAGAAGAGUGCAGAAGAGCCCUGGAUGUAUGAGCCACAGCUGGCCUCAGUACAGGGAAGCAGUAAUAUGGAGCCUUUCCCCCUGUCACCCACAAUGCAUAUGUACUUCAUGGAUACUCAGGCCACACUGGAAGACUUUGCAGAUAUGGCCCAGUAUGAGCGCGGUCAUCUGAACCCCGACCAACAUCAAGCCGACCAGGUAGACAAAGCGGCCACCUACACCCUGACUAACGUGGUCCCGCUCUUUCGUGAGUUCAACAAGGGACCCUGGGCCCAGCACGUGGACCGAGUCCGACAGCGCCUUAACAACUAUUGCCACGGGAACGCCUAUGUGGUUACUGGUACAACCACAACGGGGAACAUGAUUCGGAGAGACAACGUCGACCGUGUGGGGAUUCCAGAUUAUGUUUGGACGGCGUACUGCUGCACAGACUUUGACCAAAAUGCACCCUACCUGGAACGUUACCGCUUCCCGGCGUUCGGAGCUUACGCCCUGAAUGAUCGUAUCAACAACGCAGUGGUUGAGGCGCCACUCAAAUCACUUGAGAAGUUCCUAAAAGGUCGGAUGAAUGUGGACAAGAACUUUCAGAUCUUCUACAAAGAUUGCAUCUACGAGGAGAUGUAG